AAGAUGCGGAGGCUAGAGCGGUAUCAGCGCGCCAUAGAGGGCCAUAGAGAGUAACCAAUGAAUAGGGCCGACUAGAGAAGAGAAAGAGGAGAGACGAUCCCAGUUCCGCCAUGGGAACCCACCGGGGGACCUUGGGCGAGUCACACUCUCUCAGCCUCAAAGGCAAAGCUCUCUCCUUCCCAAGGGAAUCCCAUGGCAGCAGGGUCUCCGUGAGUCGGAAGAGGUUUGAAGGCGCACCGCAGCAGCCAUCCCCAUGAAAGGGGUGUGAGCUGGUGGUUGCUGCGUACUCUGCACUUGCUCAGGGGACCCACCGGCCAGCCUCCCUUCCUCCUCCGGACCCUCUGGCCAUGGGCAUCGCCAAGCUGGCCGAGCUGAUCAAGGAAGAAGCGCCGGAGGCCGUCCGCACUGUUUCUCUGGAGCAGUUUCGGGGCCAGGUGGUGGCUUUGGAUGCCUCUGUGGCCAUUUACCAGUUCCGCACAGCGAUGCCCAAAAUUGUCAACCGCCACGGACAAAAUAUCAGUCCCUUGCAGGGGCUGUUUUACCGGACGUUGUAUCUCCUGGAAAAUGGCAUCAAGCCCGUGUUUGUGUUUGAUGGAAAACCUCCAGACCUGAAACAGACAGUGUUGGCCAAGCGGGCUGCAGUUACUGGAAUCACAAAGGAAGCUGAAGAUUCUACAAGUGACCUACCAGAACGGCUCCGAAAACAAGACUCAGAGACUCUGUUGAGCUGCCUGGGAGUUCCUUAUGUACAGGCUCCAGCAGAGGCAGAAGCUACCUGCGCUGCUCUGGUGAAGUCUGGGCUUGCAUCUUGCACAGCCACUGAAGACAUGGAUGCCUUACCCUUUGGGAGCGGACGUCUCCUCCGCCACCUUAAUGCCAAAAAUGGUGACCUGGAAGAAAUCUCCUUACCUGUAGUUCUGCAAAAGCUGAACCUGACGCAUGAGCAGUUUGUGGAUCUCUGCAUCCUGCUGGGCUGUGAUUACUGUGAAAAGAUCCGAGGAUUUGGCCCCAAAAAGGCCCUGAAGCUGCUCCAGCAACAUGGAAGCAUCGAGCUGGUGGUGCAGCACACCUGUCGCCAGAAACACCCAUUGCCUGACAACUGGCCCCUGGAAGAGACCCGGCGGCUUUUUCUGCAGCCUGAGGUGGCUCAGAUGAGCCAGGUGGUUCUGGAAUGGAGGGAGCCGGAUGAGAAGAAGCUGGUGCAGUUCCUUGCUCGGGAGAAGCACAUGAAGGACUCAGCAGCCAGCCUUGCAGGAAGAAGCAAAAACCCAAGGACCAGCCAGAGACUGCAACUGGGACUUGAGAAAAGCAUCUUUGAGUAUUCAUUUUUAGACUUGCGUCCUCUGUCUGCCAACAGGGCAUUGGACACUGAAGCUGCCGAAUCACUGUCCCAAAAGAGCAGCCUGCAAAGACGAUGUUCCUGGACCAAGAUGGAGAUGCUUGCCAAGAGAAUGAUGGGAUCUGCAACACAUUAUGGGAAUCUUAGCAAACACUCCAUCCUAGUGGGAUCUAUUUGGGAUCAGGAGCCUAUAACAGUAGAUUUCUAUGUUUGGAGGUGCAUCUUCACUGUAGAAAUAAUGCAUUUUGAUACCAACUGUAUUUAACUGCAUGGCUCCAUCUUGCAGAAUCAUGAGACUUGUAGUUUUGUGAGGCACCAGCACUCUUUGGCAGAGAAGACU